AUGAAGGUUCUGUCGAGAAUCUUCAGCCUCGGCGCUCUAGUUGCAUCGCGUGUGGUGGUGGUGACGGGCCAGGAGGAUGACGCGAGCACGACGGCACCGUCCGUGACUAGCGAAGCCACAGAAACGCAACAGCCCACUCCCAGCAGUACUCCCCAGCCUGCCGAGGAGAAGGACUGCGGGUGCUAUGUCAUCAAUGGGUCGAACCCGACAUACUACGAGAAGCGCCUGUUCUACGACUUCCGCGACCUGUCCGAGUACGCGGGCGAGGUGGACGACGUGGUGACGGAUGCCGACGACGCCAGCGACGCCCCGCCGUCGAGCAAGUACUUUGAGAAGAAGGACUGGAAGAAGACGUGGAAGCUGUCGGACUGGACCCACGGGAUAGCCGACGACGACCCGCUCAUCGUGGGCGAGCACGUACCGCGCGUCUACUCGCCAGGCAACGUGUACGUCGAGGAGGACAAGGGCAGCGAGGGGCCGGACACGUACGUGAGCAUCCGGACGCAGAGGGUGGCCGACUUCCAGUCGUGCGGCGAAUUCAGCAGCGUGGACGAGUACCACUUCUUGUCGCUGCGGGUGCUGGCGCGCACGGUGGGCGACACCGGCGGGGUGACGUCCAUCUUCACGUACCGGUCGGCCGACGAGCUGGCCGACAUACAGGAGGCCGACAUCGAGUUCAUCACGCGCGAGGCCGACGACCGUGUGCACUACGUCAACAACCCGGCCUACACGCUCGAGGGCGAGAACUUCCCCGAGGCCACACGCAACGUCAGCAUCCCGGGGAACAGGACCUUCUCCGACUGGCUCGUCCACCGCUUCGACUGGACCCCCGAGCGCAGCAUCUGGUACAUCGACGGCGUCCAGACGGCCAGCAUCGCCUUCCAGGUGCCCCGCGACCCGUCACGCAUCGUCUUCAACGUCUGGAGCGACGGCGGCUACUGGAGCGGCUUCAUGGCCGAGGGCGACCAGGCCGCCUUCCACAUCCGGUGGAUCGAGAUGGUCUACAACACCACCGAUCCAGAGGGGGGGUCCUGCCACUCCGUCUGCAGCAUCGACGACCCGGCCGCCGUGAACCGCGGCGCUGGGUCCAUCGUCACGCUGUGGGAUAAUCCGGCGUCGUCGCGUCCGAGGCCGCCGGCGUGGCUUGUUGGCUGGAUGCGCGGCUGUACUGGUGGCGCACCGUUGCUGUUAUCGCUGUUGCCGUCGUCGUGGGUGGCUUGCAUCUUGUUGUUUUUGGUCGCGUGGCACGUGUAA